GUCGUAUUUGCCUUGUGCACUCUCACAAAAUGUUUAACUAACAUGACUGGAAUUGAUCAUAGAGCCUUUAGCCCGUCUUUGAGAAAUCUAUAUCAAUCAUAACGGAGUACAGUUCUGUCGUGUGCCCUCAAGAGAGAAAACAAUGAGAACUUUUUUCUACUACGCUGCUUUUGCGCGAUACCUUCCUUCUCUCUUUUUCUUUCUUACCGAUAAUAUUUCUAAUAAAAUAAAUAUUAUAAGAGACGUGGACGUCAGAAUGUUUGCACUCGUUGGCGGAGUAGAUUAGUGUGGGUAUCCGCAUCAGGUGAACGAAUUCCCCAUGCAAUCCGCCUAAUCCUUCGACCGCAACGGAGAUGGCUCAUGGGAGUUCGACCAACGAACAUAAAUACCAGAAGAGGACUCGGCCUAUUGCCAUUCUAGUCAAGGAAGUCGCGAACGCAGGACUAUUCGCCAACAGGUGAACGCCGCAACAGCAAUGAAGAAGAUAUUAUUCGCCACAACUUUACUAUCAAUAGCAAUGUCUGAAAAUAUUCUAAAGAACUAUCUGAGGCCAAAAACAAUAUGGGUCCACGACAAGCAAUUUGGGAAUAAAAAAAUAAAACGGACAUCACUAAACGAAAUGUUUUCCGAAGUGGGAGACCUUUCAAAUUACGACGAUGACAGACAACUUCCUCAAAUUUCAACACGGUUCAUUAGCAAAUCCAGAAAAUUGCCUGCAUUAACGUUUGUGAGGUCGUCUGAUUUGGCGUUGCUUCCACAAGUUGAAUUAUUAUCUUCCGAUAAACCAAAACUUGAUAAUGCCAAACCGACUGUCUUGAUUUCUAUCGACUUUCAAGAAGGGAAAAAUGACAAUUUACAAAAAGAUUGCUCGAGAAUAAAUAACCAUCAUAAGCAAAAUCAUGGCUGGCAGAUUCAAGAACCGUUUUAUGUGGACGAGCCAAAAUGGAUUAAUAUCUAUGACAUAAAAGGUUCACCUCAACGUCUAUAUAAGGAUAAUUCCGAUCCUUACAUAUUGUCACGAGGAAAGAAAAUUUUUAAAAUUAAGGAUACAGAACAAGCGAAAGAGAUGAUGGAAAAUUAUGAAGAUUUCUCCAACAAAUAUCCAAGCAGAAGUAAAAGAUCGUCAACGAAAAAUCGAGUCAGAAGAUCUAUCGUAAUAAAUGAAAAAUAUCAGAAUAAUACGAUUAAUGACACUCAGAAAGAUCUAAAAAAAGAAAUAAAUUAUAACUUUCUCCAAGAUACAGAUUCAAAUAAUGUUAUAAUGACCAAAAGUCAGGAUAAAAAAUCUUUCAAAAUUGAUAAAAUGUUUGAAGAUAGAAAGAAUAUGGAAGAUACUACAAGUUCUGUUUAUAAUACCUUUAUUAAAAAGUAUCAAAAAGAUAAGAUAAAAAAUAUGGCGGAAAAAUUACCAUAUGAAUUUAAAUUUAUAAAGGGAAAUCAAACAUUCGCAAAUGAUGAAAAAAUUAUAAGCUUUGUUGAGCAAAAUCAGAAUAUACAGCGCGAAGAUAUGUUCAAUCAUAUUAAAAAUGACAACAGUAAAAUCAUGAAAAUUAAUCAAGAUACAAAAUUUAAUAAUCCGGAGGAUCUUUUUACUACUAACACGAAUAAGAAAAAUAAAAGAUCAGUAAUAUUAAAAAAUAAAAAUUUCUUCGACGUUCAUAAUAAAUAUAAACCUCAGAAAAUGGAGAAGAGCUUUGAAAAUGUCAAAGGGAAUGAAACAGAUGUGUACGAGCAGAUGAAGAAUAAAGCUUACAUCGAUAAACUAGAUGAUUUAAAUAUGUACAAUGAUUAUACUUUUAUCUCUAGCAAGAAAAAUCCUGAUAACAGAGCAGAGAGUUCGAAUAAAAAAGAUAUAGAUCAUAACAAAUCCAUCGAAAAACCAUGGAAAAUUCAAUAUUUUGCGUAUCGCAAAGAAUUGGAAAACGCGGAGAAAUUAAGGAAUGAGAAGAAUGAGUCAAUAAUUGAUCAAAAUGACACCCAGGUAACAGAUUUGCAAUUAACAAGCAAGUCUGAUUCCAGAAUAGAGAAUUAUUUCAAUCAUCGAAAAAAGCGUAGUGCUUGCGAGAACUGCAAAAUUGAUCCGCAGCUUCAAGAUCAAUGGUUAAAGGAUAUGAAGAAAGAAAUUCAAGAUUCAUUGUCUUUAGAGAGGAGAAACAAGCAUAGUGAUAUUCUGGAGGACUUAUCGCUAUAUGAGCCUUACGUUAUUUCCCGAGGUAAGAAAGCCUCGCAGGGAUUCGAAAACAAUAUCUACUCGAUGUUGGAGCCACGAAAUUUGAAUGAUGCAGGUCGCAUCAAAGCAACGAGUUUCCCAUUAACACGAGCUCUCCUGAGAAUGUUAUUAAUGGAAAUGUCCAGGUGUCAUAACUGUGAAGUUAAUACGAAUCGCUUAUCGAACAAGCGAUCACCAAGAGAUCGACGUGGUUUGCUCGAUGAAAUCUUGACAGCAUAUGAUCCAUAUUACGUAGUCAGAGGAAAGCGGAUAAAUCUAGAUAAAUAUUUGGCCAAAAUGCGAAAUCAGAAGAGCGCCUCAAUCGAAACAGAUAAAAAAUAAUAGGCUUUAAGAGACACGUUAUACGAAAACAUCAUUUUUGAUCCCGAUAACGUUCGAUAAAAAAAGCAAACACAUUAAAAAAAGCAAAUAUUCCCCAUCAUAGCUCUAUUUGACUUAAUCAUGGUGCAAAUAUGGCAAUCUGCGCAUCAUUUUCCAAAUGACAUACAUAUAUCGAAGCACAAUUAUUAGCGAAUUAUAAAACGUGUUUCGUAGUAGUAAAAAUAAAGUUGAAAAGAAAUUGCCUAUGUAAUGUUAAAGCUUCCGAAAUGAGAUUCUAUAAAUGC